AUAGGUCGAAGCGGGCGGAGGGGGAUGGGGGCUCCUCUUUCCCGGCAUCCCUUUCUCCUGUCAACCGGGAGGAAGCUAAGAUGGCGGCCUUGGCGACCGGCGGGGGGACGCCGAGUGACGGGGCUACCAGUUUCCAGCGGAAAGUUCCUGCUAGCAGCCGCCUGGCCGCUAUCGCGGGCACCCGGCCCUCGGUGCGCCACGGGCAGCUGCUGCUCUCCAGUGGGCUCCCCUCCCUGGAUUGUGUGCUAGGUGGAGGUUUAGCUGUUGGAACCCUUCUUCUUAUUGAGGAAGAUAAAUACGGUAUUUACUCCAACUUGUUGUUCAAGUAUUUCCUCGCAGAGGGAAUAGUCUGUGGACAUAAUUUGUUUGUUGCUUCUGCUAAAGAGGAUCCUGCUGACAUUUUAAAGGAGCUUCCAGCACCUUUGUUUGAUGAUGUCCACAAAAACCAAGUGGAUGAGAAAGAAACCGCUAUUAAGUCUAAACAGGAAUCUCAGGAAUCCAUGAAAAUAGCCUGGCGUUACCAGAAUUUACCAAGAAUUGAGGUCAGUCCAGCAGCUUCUGCACGAUUUGGUCACUAUUAUGAUGGAUCUAAAAUGGUGUCUCCAGAACUACUUCAAUCUACAAAGUGGCACCGUUUUUUCCUUCCUGAAGAAAAGUCUUUGCACCCUGAAAUAAAAACUUGUAAUAUGACCUGUGGUUAUACCAGGCUGCUUCAAUCUAUCCAGAGGAUCAUAUACCAGGAAGGAUUUGAUGGAUCCUAUCCCCAGAAAAAACAAAAAAAUAUUCUGCGGAUAGGAAUUCAGAGCCUUGGUUCAGUGUUGUGGGGAGAUGACAUUUGUUGCGCUGAUAAUCCAGAAGAUAUUUAUAGCCUCACAAAGUUUCUGUAUGUUCUCCGUGGUCUCCUCAGAAUGUCUUUGUCAGCGUGCAUAAUCACAGUGCCAGCCCAUCUUAUCCAGAAUAAAGCAAUUAUGGAACGUGUAACAAACUUGUCAGAUACGGUAGUUGGUCUUGAAUCAUUUAUCGGCUCUGAGAGAGAAACCAAUCCAUUAUACAAGGAUUACCAGGGUUUGAUUCAUGUGCACCAGAUUCCUCGGCUUAAUAGCUUGAUCUGUGAUGUGUCAGGCACGAAGGACCUUGCUUUUAGAUUAAAAAGGAAGCUGUUCACCAUUGAGCGACUGCAUUUGCCUCCAGACUUGUCAGACACAGUGAGCCGCUCAAGCAAACAGGAUCUGGCAGAAUCCACCAAACUGCUGAGCUCGGGAUGUGGUGCUAUGGCCAUAGGCAAGAAGCACCUGGACUUCUAGUGAUUUCUACUUAGCAGUUCACUCAGAUUUAUAUGACACUCUAAUUAUGACUGUUAAUGACUUAUGAAAAUAUUUUUCUUAAUGAUUUGACCCAGCAGUCCUUAAAAAUACACAUUGUAAAAUGGUGCCUCGUUUUCUCAUCCUGGUUUCUUUGAAGACAUUUGUUGUUUGUUUGCUUUUUUACAGAACAUCUGCAACACGGGUUAUGUUACAUUAAAAAAAAUGCUGCAUUGCACUGCUAUUCUGGAAAUGUACAGUAUUUUGUUCUUCUCAUAAAAAAUCAAAAUUAUUUUUAUUUUUAAAGUUCAAGAUGCUUUACAAAACAAUACCAAAUGUGUUGUUUUUCACAAGUUAAAUGUGUCUAUUUAACAUGAUUGUAUUAAACAUUGAUUAUAAAUGUAAAAUAUAAAUUAGACAGUACUGUGAACAUUAGUAAAUGAGAUUAAGGAAUUCAUUAUCACAUUUUAUU